AUGCCUUCUGACGAAGAUUACAGAGAUUUAAUUUUUAUCUUGAAAAAUGUGUCUUCUUCAGUCCUUAAAAUAAUAACUGAAACAACUAAAUCAACUAAAUCAAAAGGAAGAAAACUUUUUUCAAAACGUUAUAAUCCAUAUCACCAACAUAAUAAUAAGAGUAACGAAUCAUCAUCAUCGUCAGAAUCCACAAAUAUUAAUAUGUCAGGAAACUUUAUUCCAGAGUCAUGCCCAGUCCCUGGCAAACCAAAAGCCAUCCCAUCAAAUGCCAUGGUUGUUUUUAUUUUGGACAUGGAGUUUCAGGCUAAUUGUCAAAAUAUAGAAGAAAAUUCAUAUCAAAAUCAUUGUUACAACUGCUGGCGUGGUUCACAUAAAUUGGAUGAAUGUAAAAGGAGCCAUUGUCUUGGAUUCAUUAAGAAUGGAUUUAUACACCCAAGUUUUUACAACAAAGGGCACAACUGUGUUGAUAUUGAUGAUAGUAUAAAAAAUUACAAAGAACUUUAG